AUGAACAUGAUGACUACAGAGAACCUCUCCAUUGUUUUGGCGCCAAGUCUAAUGUCCUCUUCUUACACAGAUCCUGCAAGCUGCUUAGCUGGUGCCAAAUUAGAACAGGCUGUUGUGGAACGUCUUAUCGUUGACUUUAAUCUGAUCUUCAAUAAUCACACAGAUUCCGCUGCAAUCACAUCCAUUGAUGGUGGGCCUCCAGCCUCUCCUAUUCGAGUGAAUCAGACAAAAGUGGUAGGUAGCUUUUUUCAGUUUUUCCUGGAUUGGCUCAUGGUGCAUUCAUUACUACUGCAUACCUCCUUGCAUUUGUGUGAAUGA